AUGCUCAUUCACAGCCAUCUCACACAGUCAAAGGUUCACUCCACCCAUUCACACCCAAUCGAGUCGUUCAUCGCCCCAUCAACCCCAAUCAGAGGUCCAUCACACAAUCACACCCAAUCAGAGGGUCAUCAUCCGCAUCACACGCCUCAUCAGAGGUCUCACCCCAUCAACCCAAUGAGACGGUCAUCACCCAGUCACACCACAAUCAGAGGUCAUUCACCCGCAUCACACCCAAUCAGAUGUCAUGCCCCAUCACACCCAAUUCAGAUGGUCAUCACCCAUUCACACCCCUCAGAUGGCAUACGCCCAAUCACACCUUAUCAGAGUCAUCACCCCCAUCACACGCAUAUCAGAAGGUCAUCUACUCCACACUCACACACACCAUCACUCGAGUCAUCAACCAUCACACCCAAUAGAUGGUCAUCACCCAAUCACCUAACCACAGAGGUACACUCCACCCGCAUCAACCCAAAUCAGAGGUCAUCACCCCAUCACACCCAAUCAGAGGUCAUCACCCCAUCACACCCAAUCAGAGGUCAUCGCCCAAUCACACCCAAUCAGAGGUCAUGCGCUGCCAUUCACACCCAAUCAGAGGUUCAUACCCUACAUCACACCCAAUCCAGAGUCAUCACCCCAUUUCACCACACCACAUACAGAGGUUCAAUCUGCCCUGCCAUCACAACCCAAUCAUUAGGUUCGAUCACCAAUCACACCCAAUCAGAGAGUCAUCACCCAUCACACCCAAUCAGGAGGUCAUCACCCAUCUACACCAAGUCAGAGUCAUUCCACCAGCAUCACACCCAUUCACGAGAGGUCAUCACCCCAUUAACAUCCUGCAUUCAGAGUAAGGAUAAUCACCUAACCAAUCACACCAAUUUCAUAGAGGUUAUGCACCCCAUCACACCCAAUCAGAGGUCGAUCACCCAUUUUCACACCACAAAAUCAGGAGGUCAUCAGCCCAAUCAAACCCGAUUGCAGAGGUUCAUCACCCAUCAACACCAGAUCAGGGAGGUCAUCACCCAUCACACCAUCACCCAUAUAUUCAGCAUGCUCAUCACACGGUCAUCUGAUCCCCAUCACACAUGCCCACAAUCAGCACGCGUAUACCCAUUCACACCCAAGAUCAUAGGCUUUCAUUUUCGCCCAUUCACAACCACAUCAGAGCGUCAUCACCCAUCACACCCAAUCAGGAAAGGUUUCAUCACCCCAUCCCCCCAUCAGAGAGUAUACCAUCACAACACGCCAUUCAGAGAGCGUCAUCAUCCCUAUCACACCAGUUCAUCGCACGGUCAUCACCCCAUCACAAACCCCAUUCCAGAGGUCAUCACCCCAUCAACACCAAUACAGAGGUCAUUCACCCCAUUCACACCCACAGUCUCAGAGGCUCAUCACCCAUCCACUAUACUCCCCAUCAGAAAGGUCUCAUCAACCCAGAUAUUCACUACCAAUCAGAGUUCAUCCGUCCCCAUUCACACACGAAUCAGAGGUCAUCCCCUAAAAAAACCCCCAUCUAACCCAACCAGAGGGGUCAUACCCCAUCACACCCGAAAUCAGAGGUCAUCACCAUCACACCCUACGUACAGAGGUCAUCACCCAUACAGCCCGAAUCGGGAGUCAUCACCAAUCACACCCAUAUCAGGAGGUCAUACCCCAUCACAACCUCAUCAGAAGGUCAUCACCCAAUCACACCCAUCAGGAGGGUCUCACCCCGAUCAACACCAAUUCAGAGAUCAUCCCCAUACACCCAAUCAGAGCGUCGAUACCCAUUCAACCAAUCAGAGGUCAUCGCCCCAUCACACCCAAUCAGAGGUCAUCACCCAUCAACCCCAUCGAGAGGUCAUCACCCAUCCACAGCCCAAUCGAGGUCAUCGCCCAUCACAGGCCCAACAGGAGUCAGUCACCAUCAUCACACCCAAUCAGAGGUCUAUCACCAUCACACUCAAUCAAGAGGGCUCAUCACCCCAUCACAGCCAUAUCAGCGGCAUCACCCAUCCACACCAAUCAGAGCGUCAUCACCGCCUCACACCCAAUGCAGCAGGUCAUCACCCCAUCACACCCUACAGACGGUCAGUUCACCCAUACGACCCAUCAGAGUCAUCACCCAUCUCACCCCAUCAGGAGGUCAGUCACCCGAUCACAGCCCAAUCAGAGGGUUCAUCACCCAUGCAGGAGGUCAUCCACCCCAUCAGCACCCAAUCAGAACGGUCAUCGCCCCACUUCACACCCCAACUCAGAGGUCAUCACCCCAUCACACCCAAUCAGAGGUCAUCACCCCAAUCUACACCCAAAUCAGAGGUCAUCACCCAUCACACCCAAUCAGAUGGUUCAUCCCCAUCACACCCAAUCAGAUGUCAUCACCCAUCACACGCCAAAGAGUCAUCACCCAUCCACACCCCAUUCCACAGGUUCAUUACCCCAUUCACACCCAUAUCAGAGCGUAUCGCCCAUCACACCCAAUCAGAGGUCAUCACCCCAUCACACCCACUUCAGAGCGUCAUCACCCCGAAUCACACCAAUCAGAGGUUCAUUCACUCCAUUCACACCAAUCAGAGGUUCAUCACCCCACUAUAUCCUAUAUCCAUAUUGGCAUCACCCAUUUCAACCCAUCAGGAGGUUCAUCACUCCAUACACCCAUCAGAGCGUCAUCACCCAUCACACCCAAUCAGAGGUCAUCGCCCCAUCACACCCCAUCAGAGGUCAUCACCCCAUUCACACCCAAUCAGAGGUCAUCACCGCCCAUGCACACCCCAUCAGAGGGUUCAUCACCCCAAUCUACACCCCAUCAGAGGGGUCGUAUACCCAUCAACCCCAUCAGAGGUCAUCACCCAUCAACCCAUCAGAGGUCAUUACGCGCAUCACACGCCAUCAGAGGUUCAUUCACGCCCAUCACACCCAUCAGAGGUCCUCGCGCCGUAUCACAUCCAAUCAGAGGUACAUCGCCCCAUUCACCCACAAUCAGAGGUCAUUUUCACCGCCAUCACACCCAAUUCAGAGUUCAUUACCCAUUUUCAUCACCCAAUCAAGAUGUCAUCACCCAUUCACACCCAAUUAGAGGUCAUCACCCAUCACACCCAUCCACCAUUCAUCACAGCUCCCAUCACAGGUCAUUUCAUAUUUCAUCAACACGCCCAUUUUCACAGGUCAUCACACUUUCAUUCACACCCCAUCACAGGUUAUGCACCAUUUCAUCACACUCCGAUCAACAGGUCUUCACCCAAUUCACACGCCGCCAUUCUGAGGUUUAUUCCGCCUAUCAACCAAUCGAGGAGCGUUCAUCACGCCAUUCGACACCCCAUCACGUUAGGUCAUCACUCCCAUUCAACUCCAAUCAGAGGUCAAUCUACCUCUCUAUCACCAGAUUGUCAUCACUAA